UAUAUGAUUGAGGUUGUGAGCAAGGCUACAUCUAAAAUAGUGUUAAAAUGGAAGCAAAAAACUUGAACCAAUUUCACCAUGAGAAUGGAGAGACAUAUGAUAGGCAAAGUGAGUUGAAAGCCUUCGAUGAGACUAAAGCUGGUGUUAAGGGUCUUGUGGAUGCAGGCAUAACCAAAGUCCCAGGAAUAUUCAUUCAUCCAAAAACAACCCAAAACUACUCAUCAAUUUCAACUGCCAACAAACACAACAUCCCAAUCAUAGACCUUCAAGGCAUUCAUGGGAAUGAGAUGAAGCGCAGGGAGGUUGUUAAGGCAGUUGGAGAAGCAUCUGCAACAUGGGGAUUCUUCCAGGUGGUGAAUCAUGGGAUCCCAGGUAAUGUUUUGGAGGAAAUGAUGAGAGGGGUACGAGGAUUCCAUGAGCAAGAUACAGAGGAGAAGAAGGAAUGGUAUACACGAGAUCGAUCAAGGAGGGUAGUGUACAACUGCAACUUUGAUCUGUACACUGCACCAGCAGCUAAUUGGAGGGAUACUUUGCACUGCAACAUGGCUCCUAAUCCCCCUCACCCUCAAGAACUUCCUCGUAUUUGCAGUGAUAUUCUUAUAAAAUACUCAAAAGAAGUGGAGAAACUAGGGGGUGUUUGUUUUGAACUAUUAUCAGAGGCUUUAGGACUCCAUCCAAACUAUCUCAAAGACAUUGAGUGCAACAAGGGGCUAGCUCUUUUGGGGCAUUACUACCCAGCCUGUCCAGAACCAGACUUGACUUUUGGCACCAGCAAGCAUGCAGAUAACGAUUUUCUCACAAUUUUGCUUCAAGAUCAUACAGGUGGCCUUCAAGUUCUCUACCAGAACCAGUGGAUUGAUGUCCCCCCUUCUCCAGGAGCUCUAGUUGUCAACAUCGGAGAUCUUCUCCAGCUUGUGACGAAUGAUAGGUUCAAGAGCUCAGAACACCGAGUGCUGGCUAGCCAAUGUGGUCCGAGGAUAUCAGUGGCAUGUUUCUUUAGCACAUUCUUGUUGCCAUUGCCAUGGAUUUAUGGACCAAUUAAGGAAGUAUUGUCAGAUGAGAAUCCACCCAAGUAUAGGGAAACCACAGUCAAGGAGUAUGUAGCACAUUUUCAUGCAAAGGGUCUUGAUGGAACUUCAGCCUUGUUGCAUUUCAAGCUCUGAUCUGAAUUGGCAUUUCCUUUGUUUUAAGUAGGUAGUGUUAUUUGGGAAUUUUCUCUGUAAUAAGCAGUGGCAUUCUUCAGGGCUUUAUGGAGUUGUUACUGGAAGAAAAUAAAGGGAAACUACUAUAACAUGAAAAAUUAUUUUUACUGUUGGUAAUUUAUAUUGUCA